AGAGCGCGCGCGGAAACUCUUCCACAAGCAUGAAGAAAUAAAUAACAACGAUGGAGUCGUCCAGUACAGAUAAAAGUGUCAGCUCUACUCGUGUUACCGCCGUCGCUUCAGGAUGGAUGCUGGACUUCCUGUUUGUGAGUUUAUGUCGAAGCUUCAAAGAGGGAAACUUUGAUGCAUUUAACGAAACGCUGUCAGUUUUUGAAGCUCUUUUUCAGAGUAAGUCUCUUAAUGCAGCUGCCCAUAAUGAAAAAUUCUUGAUAUCUGCCUUUCUAGCAAGAGUAAUGCACGGAAAGCAGCUGGAUGUCCUGUUUGAAAAAGAUGAACGUGUAAUGCCUCUGAUGUCUGCUGCCAGUGUUUGGUCAAGCCUGGAAAACGCAGUGGAAGAUAAAGACUUAUUCAAAGAGAUCACCAUUCUCCUGUUUGUUCAGGCUGUGGCCAUCUGCUUGGAGAAAGGCCAGAGAUCUUCUGCCUCCUCGGUCCUCAAGUGGUUUGAAAAAAAAAACACAUACCCUCGGAACUUGGGAAUUAAUCUCUCGACUAUAGUCACAAAAGCUGAUACGUACCACCCAGUCUUCAUGAACUUCAGCUUCAACCGCCUCCUGGAGACCAUACACUCCUUCUUGGAUGAUUACUUGAAAAAGAACCCAUGCGAUUUCCUCAUCAAGAAAGCUACAGUUUUUGUCCAAUCUUCCCAAAACACGAUGGAUUCGGAGCCUGUGGAGUUACAAGACAUCGCUGUCUCAGAAAAGCAAAGUGAAGCAACACAGAAGAAUAAAAAAACAAAACGCAAACUGCUCUCUACUAAACCUACCGAGGCCUGGUCACCUGAUAUCACAAAAAAGCCGUGUGUUUCUCUAACAAGACUCAGCAGUAGAGAGGUGUGUCACCUGAUGGCGAGGAAGACUUUAGAAACCUCCCCACUGCAAAAUAGUGAAAAGUGCAUGGAAAAGAAAACACGAAGGAAAUGGACUGCCAAGCUGGACAAAUGCCUUAAAGAUGGGGUCAAACGUCAUGGACAGGGGAACUGGUCUCGAAUCUUACUGGAUUAUGACUUUGAGGGACGCACUGGCAUCAUGCUGAAAGACCGCUGGAGAGUUCUGCUAAGGACGGACAAAGUCGGCUGAAGAAAAGGCAGCUUCCAACCUCUUGUUUUAGCUGGGCUAAUGGAGCAGUUUGCACAUAAAACUACCCAUUGAUGAAGACAUUAUUUUCCUUUAUUUAUGUAAGAAAAUGCUAUUUUGGU